AUGCCUGUUGAUCCACCACCCUCCGAUGCUGAUAGUGGGUUCACUAUCCGGGUCUUCGACAUCUACACGUUGGUCGACACUGCAUACAUCCCUCGCCCAUCCACGGCUGACUUCGAGGCUCCGUGCCUUGUUGCCUGCGGCUACCUCGGUACCACGCCCAUCAGGCCGUCAUUCGCCGUGUCCCUGAAGACGCUGGAGUUGCUUCGGUCAAUCCGGAGAUUCAAGGCCUCGUACAGUAUUGAAGCAUUCGCCAAGCUUUUGUGUUAUUACUAUAAGAUAGCCUACGAACGACGUCAUCGUGAGAUGCUCGCGAACACAUAUGAGAUCUACGUAGCCGUUGUUCGCGGCGUCGAAAAGCGUGUGCGGGGGGCCCUCGGCCGUGACUCGCCGAACUGGCGCGUCCUGAACGCUUGUCCGCCGUGUGGGUAUGAACUCGAGGACGAGCCCCCUCUCCGUUGGAAACGGAUGCUCUGCCUCGACGGCAACAACUCUUUGAAACGUCUCCGGCCCCUCGGCAAUCGUACUCAAGGCGACACGCGCGUGUUCGCCGAUAGCGACUACUUUCUUCCCCAGGAGUUUGUCGACAGCUUUGCGCACGAGGUGAAGUCUCGGCAGCGUGAUCAGUCAGAUCCCGAUCUCGCUGCUGGCGAUCAUGAUCAGGACGAGUUAGCCGCGCCCGAUGGUCGCCCACAGAUCGACGCCGACGACUCGGGUGGUGAUCCAACCGACGGCAUGCCUGACGAUUCACCUCUGGCGACAUGCACGCAGAACUGGAAGGCGGCAUCGGCAGAAGCCAAUAAGAAGAUGUGGGGCAUCUUCGACGAGACGGGCAUCUUCGCGAGUGCUUGCCAGCACGGCUUCAUCCUUUGGUUAGCUGACAUGGUCCGGAGUGGCGAGCUUGCCAAGUACCCUCUUGCCAUCACAGCCAAGGGACUCGAGACGUUUGAUGGCUCCGUGCUUCACGCCUACGACAUCGGUUGUUCCUUCGGCAUCACCAUCGCCAACAGCCGCCUCGGCCCCGAGUUCGAGCGCCAACAAAACCGCUCGUGUGUGAAUGCGUUCCACGGCUACACGCACAACUAUGCGUGUCAAUGCGAGAACCAUCCGAACGUGAUCGAAGGUAUGGGUCUCCAGGACAUGGAGACCCUCGAGCGAAUCUUCAGUGCUUCCAAUCAUCUCGCAUCCAUCACUCGUUACGCAUCACCUUAUCGACGCCGACUCUUUAUUGACGAAUACUUCAGCCAGUGGGACGACGACAAGUACGCAACUCUAAGCAAGACUAUCUACGACAACUUCCGGCAGGCAUGCCACAUCAUCGACACGGAGACGCCCGCACUCAGCGAGGCGAUGACAACGCUUCGGAUCAAUACCGAGGAUCUGAAGCGAUGGUAUGAAGAGGAGCGACACUACUUCAAGAACGUCGGGAAGGAGACCCCGUGGGACGUGCACGCCAUGGCCUACGUCGAGGCCCUUGAACAGUUGCGAGACCUUGCAAAGAAGCUCGACGUCGUGUCCGACGACUUCCUGGCGACCAUUCCGUCCGACUACCAGUUCCAACUCCCUGCAAGUGGUGCCAUCGAUUACGGUACGGAGACAUCGCGUACGCGCAAGAUGGAAACCGCGAAGCGUCAUCUUCGAGCGCAGUACAAUGCGAUGCUCGCUGACGUGAUGUCGAUGGAAGCAAAGAUGGGAAUCACUCGGCGCUGGGAGCCCGCAGACGAGCAGUACGCGGCGACGGCUAAGUACCUCGCAAACCGUGAGUACUUCCGGGCUCUGGACAGCUUGCAGCGCCUCGUUGUCCAGAGGCUGUUCGAGCUGCACAAACUCAAUCUUCAGAACACCGCUUAUCGCGUCCGCACGCACAUCGCAAAAGCAUUACAGAAGCGAUCGAAAGCGAUCCAAAACGCCGUGAAGACCUACAAUGCUGCCGCACUCGCUCUUACUCCUCCGCGUCCAACCGUCGACUGGAGUAAGGUUUCACAUUACAGCUUUCUAGACGAGUUCGCCCUUCUGCAGGACACCAGGGACGAUGUCCGCGAGAAGCCUUGGUCGACACCGCUUGCACGGGAAGUGAUGCGCAAGGCUCGUCGGAUCGAACGCGCGCAUGAGGAGCGGAAACGGUGCGAGAUAGAGGCUUUGCGCCUCUACACGUCGAUCUCAGACGAACUCGACUUGUCGACGGCCACACUCUCUCGUCUGCGAGCCGAACACUCUCCUCUGCGCGGCCCCGUCUCGGAAUACUGCGCGCGCCGCCUCGCCGUCAACACGCGGCAUAUCCUACGUCUCGAACAACUUGCGCGGCUGGAUGCGUUCUCUGUCGAACUGAAGCGCGCGCCAUCCGAGCAGCCGUUGGCCGAGAUGCUCGGUGUGUCAACGCAAGUAGAUGAAGACGCAGACGACACGGACAACUGGGAGGAUGAAGAGGCCGAAGGUGACAUUGGCGUACUCGUAGAUUACAUUGUAUCGUGA